AUGCAAAUGCUUAUUGAAAGUAGUAAGUUCUAAUAAAUGGAGAAUGUUGGAUUGAUUAGAGCAAUGAUUAUUAAGAAAUUUAUUCUAAAUUAUUUCAUUUAUAAAAUGAUAACUAAUUUAGUUCGUAAUAUAGUAUAGUUUGGAGGUACUUCAACAUUUGAAAAGGCUAGAUUGUCAGCCACAUAUAAAGGUGAUUAUUAUUAUCCAAAUGAAACUGAUAUUGAAGGUAAUCUUGAAAACAUGACUAGCAAUUAUGCUUACACUUUCUGGUAAGGAUCCUGAAACUCGUCCUUAAGUUGGAUUCACAACUAUCUUAGCUAAACUUGAAUCCUCACAAUCUAAAAUCUAUUGGAAUUAUAUUAUUAAAAACUUAAUAAUCUUAGACAGAUGCAUUGAAUAUAGAUUUUUUGUUUCAGAUAUUGCAAAUAUGAAUAUUAGUUAUGUUGAAAAUUAUGUUGAAAAAGAUCCAAAAUAUAGUAAAGCUUUUUUAUCAAAUUAUUAGAAAAUAUAUCUAUCGAUUCAUUUAUUAGAAAAUAUUAUCUUUAUUUGAAGAAAAAAGCUACAUUAUAUUCAAUCAAAAAAUCAAGUUUCAAUACACCAAAAGAAGAAAAGAAGAAUUACUUUAAGUAAUAAUAGGUUGAAACUAUUUUUGAAGAGUUUUACAAAGGUUAAUAAUUAUUCAAUUAGAUAUUAGAUGUAAAAAUCAUCAUAUCUAGUUUUAGAUCGCUAUUCAUGAUAAAAAUGGACUAUUAAAAUAUAGACUAAAUUAAUAUGUCUAUUAAUUAUUAUUGUUCACUAUGUUAAAUUUAUAUUAUAAUUCAUACAUUUUGAUUGUUAUUUUAAUUGAAAGAUUACUCAAAAUGCCUAUAAAUGAGGUAAGGCAAUUCAAAGAAAUAUAUAAUCAUUUUUUGAAAAACAAUGAAGUUUUAGUAAAUUUUAUUAAUACAAGACUUUAUAUUAAAGGGUUUUCUAAUAUCAAUACAUGCGAGAUUGCACGAAUUGAUUCAAGAAUUAUUGGUGCUAUUGAUGAGUAUGUGAUAAUUGCUGAAAAAUCUUAAAAUUCAAUUGGAUUAUCUUAAGACAUAUAAAUUUCAGCAGAUUUAAUUGAUGAAGAUCUAAUCUUUAAUCAACUUGAAAUUAUUAGAAAUAGUAUUAGUUAAAAAGAUGAUCCAAUUGAUUCUUUUAGAAGUAAAACUAUUAAUUGUUUAUUUAGAUGCUAAUCAUAAAUUAAGUAAUAUUUAAAAUAGUGUUUAAAAGGUUAUAAGUUUUGAAAUUAGAUUAAAAGAUUAUUAAUAUAAAUAUAAUAAGAAAUACCCAUAAAGUGGAUUUAAUACUGAUGGAUUCAAAGAAGAUGUAUACAAAACAUUUAAAAAUAAUUAUUCAACUGAAUAUAUUCCAAUAGAUCCAAAAUUAUUUAAAGCAUUUUCCUAUCAUUAAGAGAGAGAAUCUAGUGAACCUCAUUUUAGUUUAGAAUAAAAAUAUGAUGAAAAUGAUGGAAUGAAAUUAGAAUUUAUUUAACCUACUUAUGAUUUUGAUGAUAUUGUUUUUUAAUCUAUUAAGAAUGUGUUUUGCUUUGAAAUUCCAAAAAUGAUUGAUAAUAUUGAAGAUUUUCCUAAUGCAGAUGAAGAAGAUUUUCCUGAUUAUAGAGAUGAAGAAGAAGAUAAUUGA